AUGCGGCCACCUCCACCUUCACCUCCUCUACAUCCAGCUACAAGAAAUUGCAGUUGUAGAGGCAGCAGAAUUUUUGCUGCCCGUCCACCGGAAGCAGCAACGUUGAAAAGAUUUUCAAGUAACAAACAUAAUAUCAGUGCUUCUGAUGGUCCUUUAUGGAGACUACUCAGGAGAAAUCUUAGUCUUCAGAUUCUUCAUCCUUCAAAGAUCAAAUCAUUCUCACCAGCUCGAAAAUGGGUUUUGGAACAGAUCAAAGGAAGUAUAAAAACAGAAUCGAAAUCAGGGAAAAAUCCUGCUGAUCAUUUUCAAUUUGGUGGAAGAAAAUUGACAGAAGAUGAAAUUGUUACUUUAUGUUCUGAGUUUUUCACUGCAGGUGCUGGUACUACGUCAACAGCUUUACAAUGGGUUAUGGCUAAUUUAGUGAAACAUCAAGACAUUCAAUCCAAAUUAUAUGAUGAAAUCAGAAAAAUAUCAGAUGAUGAUGAGAUCAAAGAAGAAGAUUUAAAAGAACUGCCGUAUCAAGAUACCUCUUUAAGAGCAACAACUAAAUCAAGAUAG